AUGAAGACUUUAUCUACGAGUAUAUCGCUAUAUCGUGCUGGAUUACGCGUCAUAGGACAAAGACGUCAACUUUCAACUCCUACAUCAACCUUUCCCAACAUCCCAAAGUCAAUCGCAGAAAAUCUAUCAACAAGGUUCAAGAUCACAAGUCCAAACGAUGCUCAAACUGCUCUGAUCCCUCCUGCCCUUAGUGGACGAGACAUAGUAUUUAGAUCUAUCACUGGAUCAGGCAAAAGUAUAACGCUGGUCGCAAUAGCUGCUAGUAAACUGGAGAAAAAGCAACCAUCUAGCCAACCAAACCAUGUUCAAACCGUCUUAUUGUCGCCAACACGUGAACUGGCUGUGCAGUUGUAUCAGUGGACGACUCAAUUAUUGGAACACCACGAUGCUGACUACAUAAAAAAGCACGUACAGGUGAUAUUGAACGGGUUAGAUCGAACUGAGCAGACAUCUAGACUUCAGAAAAGUACCCCCAGUAUAUUAAUAGGGACACCUUUACGUAUACUGGAGCUGGUGGAUGACGGGGUGUUGGAUCUGAGUAAAGUCGAAACACUUGUUUUGGACGAAGUGGAUUAUCUGAUUCGAGAAGCCAGUCCCAAAGCUUCAGUCAGGGAAAAAUUCAGAAAUACAAUACAUCCCAAGCCGUCCGAGACUCUGGUCCAAAAGAUUGUACAUUUACGACGGCCAGAGCUUAUAGAAAACGAGCAGCCAAUAACACCGAAAUCUCAAUCCCCAAAAAUGCCUAGCAUGCCCAAGAAGCCAGUGGUAGCAGUAGCACAAAGUAGGACUCCGUUCCAGAUUAUCGCAACUUCAGCCACAUUGCCAGCCUUCUUAUAUGAAUCGUUGGUGAAACGUAGAAAAUGGCUGAAGAACCCUCUGCUUCUGGAUAUGACGAGCACUGGGGAAACAUCACCACCGAAUAUAUCUCAUCAUGUACUGACUGUACGUGAGGACGGAACUACAAGAGACUUGUACGAUUCUAGUCAAGAAGAUGCACUUCCAAUAGACGAACUAGAAAUGGCUCUACCAGAUGCCGAUGACCUCGUCAUUGAUGCUGUAGUAGAUAUUAUUAAACGAGACAAUAUCCAGUCGGCCAUGCUUUUCGUCUCUUCCUCUGUCGCUCUUGGGCCUAUACUAGACAAGCUAAAUGCAGCCGGUAUACCAUCCGAUAAACUUAUUAGACAGGUAGAAUGGAGUGACUUUGGAAUCGAAGUUCAUGCCACCGCGCGUGAUUCAGAACCACAGAAGGAAGCUGGAACAGUAGAAGGCACAAUGUCAUCAACCACAAAGGCAGCCGUCGUAUCAGACACUACAGCAAAAACGGCUCCAUUUGCUUCCUUUACAUCAGGGGAUAAUAUACGUGUACUAGUUGCUACUGAACAUGCUGCCCGUGGCUUAGAUAUGCCCAAUAUUAGCCAUGUAUUUAUUCUUGGCCCACCAAUAUCUCCCACUUCUUAUUUUCAUAUGGCUGGUAGAACAGGCAGGUUUGGAAGGCGUGGAACUGUCAUCACAGUGCUUUCUGGUCGGCGGUACUCAGAACGGGUGCUCAAGAUGCUGAAAUCUCUACAGCUCUCGACCGGUAUGCUCAAAAAGGUGUAA